CUCAUGACAACCCGCCUAUCCGUUCCUCUUGGGAGGUACGGUCGCGGCGGAGAAGACAUGCGGAUAUGCCUGGCUGUGCGAAUGUACUUCUCCACACAGCACGCAUCAGCUUUCCGGCUGGUUUUGGAGGACAGGUCGUGAGACCUUAGAAUCGGGAAUGCCGAGGGUUAUCCGAUUACGGUAGCUUGCUGCAGAGAAUAGUCUAGUUUUAUCUUACUCAGUUUUGUGAAGGUCGACCACUCUUCUACAAUUAUCUGAUAACUUCCCUGCGUCGAUUCUAUCGCGUUCGUACCUUCCAAGCCCACUUUAGCCACUUCCAAACUCUCCUCAUCAUGCCCAUCGACUACGACAUCAAAGGCAAAGUCAUUGCCCUCACAGGCGGCGCCUCAGGCAUCGGCUUCCAAACCGCUCUACUCCUCGCCCGGCAAGGAACUCACCUCUCAAUCUGCGACAUCUCUUCCGACGCGCUCGCGGAAAAGACCAAAGAAAUCGAAGCCGUCAGCACCGGCAAAGUCCUCUCCACAGUCGUAGACGUGCGCUCCGGCGCCGCUGUUAACGAGUGGAUCGCCAAAACUGUCGAAGCUUUCGGCCAGCUAGAUGGUGCAGUCAACCUAGCGGGCGUGGUUCCUAAGUGUAUCAACAAAGAGCGGGUUCAGGACCUGAACGAUGACGACUGGAACUUUGUUAUCGACGUCAACUUGCAUGGCGUAAUGCACUGCAUGCGAGCAGAGCUAGGGCAUAUGAAGGAUAAGGGGAGUAUGGUCAACGCAGCGAGUAUUUGUGGGGUGAUUGGGUUCCCGAAGAAUGCGGCAUACACGGCGAGUAAGCAUGCGGUGAUUGGGUUGAGCAGAACGGCAGCGAAAGAGGUUGGAGAGAGAGAAAUCAGGAUCAACUGCAUUGCACCUGGCAUGAUUGAGGGUCCAAUGCAGCAGAAAUCCGUGGCUGCAAGAGGUGGAGAGCAAGUUUGGAAAUGUCAGAUCAUGAGAAAAGGAGAGUCACAGGAAGUUGCGUCGUUGAUUACGUGGUUGCUCUGUGAUGAGACGCAAUAUAUCACUGGUACUGUACAAGUUAUUGACGGCGGGUGGGUAUGCUAGUAGAUGUAUAUAUCAACGAGCCAUUUGAAAAGCUCAACACCAACUCAUCUGAGUUCGGGCACACGGAUAUGCCACUACGUACUUUGGCCCUAAAGAGAUGACACGAAUAUACCCUCCAGAGGACAAUC